AUAGUUUAACCCAUUAAGUUGCAUUGCAUCCUACUUUAUUACUAUUUUUUCAAUUGGUUAAAUCCACUGUUAAACCACUCAUUUUUCUAUAAGCCCACCCCCAACUGACAAAAACACACGAGUACUGAUUAGAUAUAUUAGUCUGUCUGGUAAUUCACAGGCAUUUUACUGCAUUUCGUAUUUACUGCGUUUUGGCAAAAUAAGUAAAGCAAGGGGGACUUAAUAGGGGGCUUAAUAGGAUAUUUAAUGUUACAUAUAGGUUUACAGGUCUGUACGAUAUAGCGAGCAAAAUGAUCAAAAUGUCGGUAUGCUGGAUAUUUAUUGUAAUUUUAUUAUAAAUUCUAACAAUAAAACCGUCAAAAUCUCUAAAAUUAUAGACGUACUAAUCACUCUUUAUUGUUUAAAAGCUGUCCGGCGUCUACAGUUUCAGUACAUAAUUAUGAAUAUGGUAAUUUCGCUGUAAAAUCGCCUUAAAAGCUGUCAUUUACUACAUUUGUAAAAAUUAUUUAGGGAGUGAAAACACCUGCUAGCUAGCAUAAGAAUAAACAGUUUCCCUUGGUUACUCAUACACGCAGCUGCCCGGCUAACUCAUGUCUUUCAAAACAUUUCGAAAUUUAUAUGGAGUUCGUUCUUGGCGGUAGAUUUGCCGUUGAAUUGAGUCAAUGGCCACACCACAGUCUAAUGGCGGCAACGAUAGAGCAAGAAAACGUUUUCUCCCGUCAAUCAAAAAUCCUGUGUUCAAUCCUUCAGAGGAAGACGGAAUAACAGUCACACCGGUACGUAUAUGUCGCUUGCCAGGUAUAUUCAUUUUAACAACUGUCGACCUUUGUCUGCUAAAAAAAGUGUUGGCGAAUCGAUGUGAAACACCCAUUUCGGCCUCGUGUCGAAAUCAAUCGCUUGGCAAAACGGUUGUUAGUUACGACUUUAUGACUAAAAUUUGAACGAAAUAUUAUAUGCAUGUGGUUAACCUUGGCAGUCGGAUCUAAAAAAUAAGAACAUACUGAUUACUGGGAUAUAACAUAUCCCCGCUAACUUGGCUUUCGAGAGCAUAUACUAUAGCCUGUAUAGGAUAGCUUCGGCCUUCAGACAAAUUACAAGCAGAUAAUUUUGAAGAAGUUAUUUAACUUCCCUAAUAUAUUUGAGCAGUUAUGUUAUAAUAUAUUCAAUAUACUCUAAUUAAUCCCCCUUCAGACAGUACCUUUGGAUCUCGUUUAAGACUUUUCAUAUCGGUUCUAAAUAAUCUACUUUUUAAACGAUCGCUUGUAUGAGAUUUAAUAGUUAUUAUAUAGAAAAUCUUUAAGAAAAGAUACAGACAGGGGAAUGUUUUUAAAAAUUCAAUAAUUUUUAAAAAAUUGACAAAUUAUAAUAUGAAAUAAUAACAAUUCAUGUUCGAAUAAUAUUUUAACAUGAAGCUUCCACCUCUCAUAAAUAGAUUUCAAGUGACAAUGCGUGAUAAAAAUUGGAAGUGAAAUUAAAAUUAUUCGAUCACAUCUGUUUCAGGCAGAAGAAGAAGUUCAGGUGAAUAAUAAUAAUGCUGGUAGUAGACGCAGUUUUCGAGGCAUUCGUAAAUUCUUCAGUGACAGAUCUUCGCGUUCAUCUCAGAGUUCCAAAUCCAGCAAGUCGACGGACACUAAUCUCCCCUCACUUUCACCGCAGCCCCCACCCCUCACCUCCACACCCCCAAACCUUGAUUCAGGGGAUCACCUCUCCUCACCAGAAUCCCUCAAGUCAAGAACUCGUUCUCUAAGAAGUUCUGCAAAACGAAAAUUGUUAUCUGUUGAAACAAACUUCCGUGUUGUUACGGGAAGAUCGCGAUGUGAAUCGCCGGGUAGCUGCGUUAGCAGUGGUAGCAGUAGCUGUGGCUCAGGACUAUGGAAUGCCGAGAAGCUGGACUUGACAGAAGAUGGGACGGCGUCAGUUUCAACAACGAACUCUAAAAAUGUUGACGAACCAGUCAAACAAACUGAAACCGCACAACGACCAAUUGAUGAGACUCGUGAUUCUAAAGAAUCACCUCAGACAGCUCUCGAAGAAUCAUCCAUGCCAGAAAGUGAAGUUAAACAUGUAGUUAUGUUUACAAAUCCAUUUGAUUUGAAGUAAGUAUGACUGUAUGAGAGGCUAGAAAUACUUUUUAUACUUCGCCUUAACAAUUGCGACUUACAUGCAGUAUAUGUGAUGUCAAUGAAAUUAGAACACAAUGAUGUCACAAUUUGAUGCAACUAACUAUCGUUAGUUGCAUCAAAUUGUGACAUCAAUUAAAUGGUACCAUUGCUGAUGUCGUCACAGUUAGUAUAUUAAAGAAUUUAAGAUCUACGACGCGGCAAACUCAACGACGUGUCCCAAUUUCAGCUGAAGAAUGAGCGGUAAUGGAGAAUGAUUACUGUAAACAAUAAAUGCUUGAAGCUUGAAUAACGUUACAAACGUCUAAGGUUGAUAACAGUUAACGUGAUAAUGCUUAGUUUAACGUUGUAUCCAGAAUGGCAACUCUGCUGAGGAUACCCCUGGGAUCACAAAGUGUUCAUAUUUUUUGAAGAAUUUCUUUGCUUUGAAUACGCGUCGUUGGCUUGCCGAUUCGUAGAUCUUAAACUCUCUAUAUUGAUUACUGAAUCAGUCACUGUACGUUUUGCAACUUGAUGCUCUGACACGCCACUAAAUCACUGGUGAAGUAUAUUGAUCCACUGGAUCAAAAUUAAUUCUGUCCUUGGACUGGAUCAAAAUUAAUUUACCUCACUUUAAAGCCCGUUCUCCACUAGGCGAAUUUUUUCGCGCGACGCGAAGCGAAAAACAAAUCUUGGCAAUGUGAUUGGUCAGCGAAAAAAUUCGCCGCGAAAAAGUUGGAUCAGUUCCUACUUUUUUACUGUUCGCGCGAACAAAUUCGCCUAGUGGAAAACGGGCUUAAGUAGUGAUAUAUUCGCAUGGGAUGUCAUUUCAAAUCCUCCAAUUCGGACUGGACUAGAUUUGAAGUCAUCGCAUUUUUAUCCCGUCCUCGGCUUCCCCUCGGACUUUAUCAAAUUGUGCGGACUUGAAAUCUAGUCCAUGCAGUCCUCAUAGUGGACUUGAAAUAUUACAUCCAACACAAAUCCUCAAAACCUUCAAUAAUAUGAAGCGACUGCUACGCAGGCUAUAUAGUAUAUAGUAUAUAGACAUGCAGUUUAAACAUUUUUUUCUUUAAAACAGGAGAGAAUUCAAGAAAGCCAAAGCCGCUAAAAAUUAUUCAACGAUUGUUGAUUUCCUCACCUCCGCAUUCAGCUCGCUACGAACAUUGGCUGAUGUUUUCAAGGUAAUUCGUAAGGGGGGGCCAUCCAUUUAGUACAUACGCAAAACUAUUUUCGAAAAUUAUAUCCCCUCCCUCUCCCUUACGCAAAGAACAAUAGAAGUGACGCCAUUUAAACAACAUGCACUCGUACACAAAAACUGCAAAAUUUCAGGCUCCCCUCCGUUGUGUGUGAUAUAAAUUCAUAUCCUGUAAACAGGCUAUUCAAUAUAUAUAUGACAUGAAACUUGGCCAAAAUUUAUGAUCUCUGAACAAAUGUUUCAGACUUAUUAUACUCAUGUAGUAGUAAUGAAAAAAAUGACUUUCAAGUUUCAAUGUCGUUCAUUUCAAUGAUAUUACAUAUAGAAGACAAAACGUGUAUAUGUGCAUCGUGAGAUAUUGUAAACUUUGCAAUUCCUACAGCUCCAUUGGCAUUGCUUUGAUAGUUCGUCUAGGCCUACUUUGGGGGCCAAGGUCGCCUAAUGUCGCCUAGCCUAACUGAGUCUAUUCCCUUAAUUAAUGUCACCUAAUUUCGCCUAAUGUCGCCCAGUUUCGCCCAGCGUGGCAUACUAUACUUUUCUUUGAAAAUUGCCAAUGUUGCCUAUAAAUGUCGCACAAUGUUGCACAUAAUAACGGCGACCUCAUUGGCCAAAGUAGGCCUUCGUCUUUAUAUAAUUGUUGUUUACUUUUCAUGUGUUUAGGCGAGUGAAUUUGAUCUGAAGUGUGGAUUUAAUUCCGUCUUUGUAAACGUUACCUAUGACGUCCUUAUGGCAUUGGUUAGUGUUUUCGUGUAGCUAAAUAAUUUUGUGAAAUAGAAAUCCUCCCAUCUUUAAUUGAUUUCUAUAAAGUGCAGUUUUUAUGCGUGGUGCGUUUGGGGCACUGACCCUUGAAAAGCCAAGUACAGGUUAAGUGCAUGUCCUAUCAGAGAACGUUUACUAAAUUGUAUUUUGUUCCUAUGUCAAAGAAAAGUUCUCAAACAUAUUUUUGUGUUAAUCAUUUAGCCUAACGAUCAUCGGAAAACAGUCCUGAAAUCUGUUGUCAACUGUUUAUUGAGCAGCAUAAAAAAGUAAGUGAUACCAAGAAGAGUAUAUACAGCUGUAGUCUGUAACAACCAUGCAUGGGCACCGCGAUCACGAGGGACUGAAGCGGGGGAAGCUUCCCCCGUUGCACAAACAUGUGCGGGGGCUGUACGGGGCAGCUGCAGUUGCCUUUUUUACAAGAACAACACUUCAAUAAGGCGUGCGUUAUUGACAUGAAUUGAAAUUGAUAAUUUAGCUCUAAUUUGAAUCUCAAGUUCCUCUCAGAAACAUUAUACUAACAAGGUUUCCACCUUUAUGAAAGUGAAAAAGAAAGCAAUUUAAAGCUAGCCAUUGACAAAUUGUCAUGUUGUUUUACAAUGCAUCUAUAUAUAGUCUUUAGCGUCAUGCAAUGAAUAAAUUAAGUGUUCCAAUCAAUGCCAACAUUUGUCCAACUAUAAUACUAUAAUCUAUAUAUUGGCUGCAAGUAAUCAAGUAUCCAGACAGCAAAAUAUUAAUGAACAUUGCCGCCCACAAAAUUUAAGGCUCAGAAUUAAGUGCCCUUUUUAAAUGACCUUUUUAAAUGUUUUUAAUUCACGUUGUUUCUGCCACCUCUACGGUAACAACAAGGAAUAAUAGAAUAUCUCAAACUCAUUAAUAAUUCUUUAUUAUAUAUUGCUUUGUUUUGCUCACAUGAUAAUACUGGAUAUCUGAUGAAGUACAUUGAUCCAGUCCUAUAGGACUGGAUCAAAAUUAAUUCAGUCCUUGGACUGGAUCCAAACUAAUUAAGUAUCAUUUCAAAUCCUCCAAUUUGGACUGGACUAGAUUUCUAGUCUUCGCAUUUUGAUCCAGUCCUUGGCUUCGGACUUAUCACGUUCUGACAAUUUUCCUUGUCAAAACAAGUAAAAAGAAUUGAAUAAUAACAAGAAAACGGCUUUGACUCCGCUUAUAACUGACUUUCAAACAAGUGCGUGUUCUUUUUCAUUAAUAAAUUAACAAUCAAUGAUAAUGUCUGCCAUUCUGAGGUAACUGGAAAACCUUCAGUUUCCGGCACAGGUUUUAGACAAGGUAUAAUCUUGAACAUGCAUACUGCAGGUGCCAGUGUAGGCAUAGUGCGGGCACUAGUGUCAAUAAUGAGAAAGCUUUGAAUUGAUAGGGAUGCAAUGGACCUUUCCCCUUAUAACUAAAAUUUUGAUCUAGAAAAAAAUUUCAUCACAGCUUGAAAGAGCAUCACAAAAUGAGUAAUAUUCCAAAGUUUCGUUGCGAAAUGUUGUAAGAUGCGGAUAAUAUAGUCUUGCGAAAUUUGCCGUUUUUCAGUCAUUUUGUAUUACCGUUUUUCAGUCAUUUUGUAUUACGCAUGGGAAAUUAACAGGAAUGACAGCCCAAUCGGGUGUUGGGGUUCCCUGCUGGCAGAGGUCUCUAUUUGUCAGUUGGGGCAUCAAUUUCCCGUUUGUCAAAUACAAAAUAACUGAAAAUUGCAAAUUCCGCAGGGCUGUAUUAUCCGCAUUUUACAACAUUUCGCAACGAAACUUCGGAAUAUUACUAAUUUUGUGAUGCUCUUUCAAGCUGUGAUGAAAUUUUUGUCUAGACUUGUCUAGAUCAAAAUUUUAGUUAUAAGGGGAAAGCUCCAUUAUACCUGAAAAACAGUACAAGGAGAACUUCGACGUUUCGAGCGAAGGCAGUCGGACGUUAGUGGCUUCGCUCGAAACGUCGAAGUUCUCCUUGUAUUUUCCAGGUAAUUGCAUUCCCAUAAAUCCGAAGCUUUAGACAAGGUAUAGUGACUUUGAUAAGGUCUGCUGUUUAACAUCCUUAUGCAAGGAUCAAGAUGUGAAACAUUACGAUCCAACUUGAAUGCAAAGGAGAACUGAUUCUGUAGUACCUGUUUUUUUUCUUUAAUCCCCCUUUCUUGGCUGGAGAAACUCAUGGCCAUGUCUUGGAGAAUGUCUCUUGCUUAGAAACGCAAUGUUUAGAUGUAAUGUUUCUUACUUUGUAUAGAAAACAAGAUAGCGAUGAUCUGCCUGGCUACCUCAUACUUCUUCAGGUUUGCUAUUAACUGAGUAACUAAAAGUAAAACACUGACUACUGUAUAGCGCUAUAGUUUUAGAUCGAGGCGAUUGCUAUUCUCGGGGUCGCGAUCGGCUUCCACAGUCAACUGAUAGACCUUACCCUUUAUUCAGUUUUCACGCAAUGGCCUCGUUUUCGUGUAAAAUACUAACUCAUGUUUUGUGGGUUGAAAAUUACUUUGUUAUUGAGCCUAAGAACAGCAAGAAACAAAUUCGUCCAGGAAAACAUGGGAAUACAGUAAUCUUUAUCUGCCCCUGACAUGCUAAAAUAAGUUAACAUGGAAACGGUGCCAUUGGGUAAAAUAGAAUAAUGAGGACCUGCAGUUUUCCAGUUAAGCGUUUUCCAUGCGCACGUACGUAUAAGCACUAUAUAUUUCAUAAGAAACCGUACUAAAUUUAAUGCUUUAGAACCCACAGUUCGACAGCUGUUCUUCGUACGUCAUAUUUUCCCACCUGUUACGCCAAGUUAGUUCGCUGUCUGACAAGCAACAUCAGACCUUGGUUUCGUGGUUGGCAUGGUAGGUUUGCACGAUAUUUUUUCCUCCAAUUUUUUAUUCAGUUAAACGAGUAAUGUAUUAUUUUUGAUACUGUCAGCUAGUAAGUUAAACAUUUAAGGACAAGAUUAAGCUUUGUUUUCUUACCAAGGACAAGAUUAAGCUUUGUUUUAACAACCCUUUAGGGUACCAAUUUCAAGUUUCAAAGAGAUGAUAUAUCGCCUUAAAGAGGUAGGAAUGGAAAAUAUACAUACUAUUACUACUAAUUACUACUAUCAAAUAUUACAAUAAAUCGCGAGAAGUGCUCACAUGCGCACUAAAUGCUUUCCAACCUCGUCUCAGGCCACUUUUCGCGCGGAUUAUACAUUAUCGAAUAUAAUUCUCCUGAUCUGAUUUGGCUAAUUUCUAUAAAUAAGAUUUUUUUCGAAAAAUGUAGUUGGUCCAGAAAGGUUAUCUUUUGGCUUUGACAUACUGAACUUGGCAAGAGAGGACCAGAGGCAUAUUUGACAAUAGGGAAAAUCUGAAUUAUUCCAUUGUUGACAGUGUUGCAUCCACACAUUCAUUCCUGAUAGACCUUACCCUUAGUAUUAAUAAGCUCAAUGCUUUAUCGCUUCUGUAUUUUUUCUGAUAAUCAUAAUGGCCACAUGCACUUAUUUUGAAUUUGCAGUUCGUCAGUGCCUCUUUAUUUCCGAGUGAAGAAGAUGAUUUACCAUCAGUCGAGAAAACGCGUCUUUGGGUGCCAUCUGCCGUCAAAGUGUUGGCUCUCUUAAGUAAGUAUAUCAAACACCACGCCCGAACGUGAAAAUUAUGAGAUGCAUUACAAGAAUAAAAAGAAUAUGAAAUAAAAUAGAAUAUAUAGAAUAAAAAACAGUGGAAUUCAAAAGAAUGAAAGAUGUAAUGAAAUUCCAGAGAAGAAAAUGGAUGCAAUUAGUCUUUCCCACGAAGGCCAAAAUCCGCCAUUUUGGGGGUACUGUCUGCCCUAGUGAAAGAUUCAAGACAAUUCAAACAACGUGAAAAGCGACUUUUAAAAGUUGUAACUGUAAAUUUACCAUUAUAUAUAAACAACUAUAAUACUAAAAUUUGAAGUUGUAUUUCAUGGUGUGGAGACUCUAAAACGUGCAUUGGAGCGGGCAGUACCCCCAAAAUGGCCAGAAAAUCGGCCGUGAGAAAGGCUCAUUAAUGGUCGAAGGAUUUUGUAGAUGGAAAUUUCGUGUGUAAAUUUUAUACAUUUAUUAGACCAAUUAACCAUUGAUAACUAGAGAGAGCGCAGUUGUUGAGCUCUAAUCGCAAAUUCAUGUACUGGGUAUAUACAAAGGUAAUGCCAAUCAGGCUUGUAUGGCGGUUAAAUAUCAAGAAUGCAAUUCAAUGACGUAUUUUAGAUGCAUCCAACUGGAUAAACAACAAACCAGUCGUGUCAUACACGUACAUGCAUGUUGAUAUCCUGAAUAACUUGAAUCUCAUGGAGGAAUAUAAUAAUUGGCAAUAUAGAACUGGGUGAGUAUUGUUUACUAUUAUAGAAGCUUAAAAGCUUUGCCAUAAUAGAAGUGACGAUACUAUAUGUACUAAAGGCUGCUUUACACAUAUCAGAGUUUCUGUGAUAACAGUAGUUUGUUUGAGAAUGUUUGAGGGGAACUGAGUUGGUGUUUAACAUUGAGCCAGUUCCUUCAAACAGUUCUUACAAAUCCUUCAAAUUUAGAAUUUACCUAUUCAAAAUUGCCACGUGAUUACAGAAACUUUGAUAGUGCGAUCGCGAACCAGCCUUAAAACGGACACCGACCUGAUAAAAAAUAGUUAAACUUAUCGGAUUUUUUAGAUUUAAAUAACCAUAAUUUUUACUCAAUGCCACAUUCGUCUUUUCGUUUCAGAACAUUCACAUUUUGUCAAUAUCCAUUUCUACUGACACUCAGCGCGAAACGUUAUAUCCUGCAGAAAGAUUCUGAGUCGCAAAUGAUAGAAAUAGCUCGCGUACGUAAUGAUUAUUGUGAAACUCAUUAAUAAUUCAUGAAGAAAACACAAAAGAAGUCAUGAUCGUGAAUCAUUUACAUGAUAAACUUUAAAUUUACUCACCAAAUAUCAUUAAAUUAUUUUGAAUUGUUGAAGAAUACGAAUGUUCUCAUCUCGCCAUUUCACAAGCCAUUUACAGCAUUUGCGUCCAUGUAGUAUUGGAUACACAAACGCUCGUCUUCGGCUGAUGUUGUUAAUAGUACAUAAACACAGCAAUUAACGAAAUAAUCUUUGCAGUGUACUAAUCUUAAACCUAGCCUAUGUCAUAGACCCUAUCUCUAUUCCUACGAUCGAGGAAUCGAUCUAGGGUUUAUGACGUAUAGGCAACAAGAAACAAGGUUCUUUAAAUAACUUGCUUACUACUCAGCUGUAAGAAGCAACACACAAAUGACACAAAGUUUACAAAGAUUUAUUUUCAAUUUUAGCGGAGUCUUAUUCAGGGCGUUAAGAAACGUGAACAACCUGCCGUCAAUAUGUUAUUCCUGAAUCUUCGAGUUCGAAGAGAUAAUUUAAUGUCAGAUUCUCUAAAUGAGGUAGGAAUCUUGUACUUUUCAAUGUUCGUACACCACAUUUAUUGCAACUAGCUGUCAACCUAUCUUCUUUUUCUUCCUAAUAUCUUCUCUUUUCUUUUCCUCUCCUUUGCUUUCCAAUAUUUCCAUUAUUCGUUACCCAAUUCCAUCCUUUUCUCUCUUAUGGCAGGAGUAAUCUAUCUAGUGCUUUGACAUAGUGCCAUAACAAGCUUUUUACAAGGAUCGAACAUCGAUCCUCGAUCCUUGAGGUCACCACAUUGUUGAUAAUUCAUUGACCUUUCCUUUCUUUCAUUCUUACUUCUUUUAACCAUCGUUCUUCCCUUAUUCUUUUUCCUUUCCUUUCAAGUCCUUCUUUUAUCGUUCUUCUUGAUCCUUCUCUUUCUUUUAUUAGCAGUCUAUCUCAUUCUUCAUCCACUCCUGUAUUUUUCCAGAUAUCCCACAAAAGAGCAGACUUGAAAAAGAAGUUAAAAGUGACUUUUAUAGGAGAGCCAGGAGUCGACAUGGGAGGUUUAACAAAAGAAUGGUUUAUGUUGCUUGUGCGGAAGGUUUUCCGCGCAGAAUACGGUAAGCAAUAUAUGCAAUGGUGAAAAAUAAUUUUCUUCCUGUGAGCACAGUGUGAAGAUAAAAAUUACUUGCUGCUUAAUCUAGUCCGAUAGUUGCGAUAGAUGAACCAGGCGGGAAUCGUAAUCUUAAGAUAAAUAUUAAUGCCCAGCAGAAAAUACGUAAAAGAGCCAUAACAAAAAUAUAGUUUAAAAUAUUUAUUAGAAAGCUAACGUUUCGUCUUUAACUUAAGACAUCUUCAGAGCAAUGACAUACAAAGCGGAAAACACAGAAAUAUGAAUAAAUUACAACUAUCUACAAGAUAUUAUAUUAGUAGAAAGAGGAGUGGAUCAGAGUAGAAGUAGCGGGACCGAACUGCCUUGUAAGUUGAGAGAGGGUUUGAGUUUGUUAAUGAGAAGACUUUCCCGAAUGAGAAAAUAGUCCGAUAGUCCUGACUCAUACAGACAGAUUGAGUAUGGUUUAAUGUCGUUGCUAAAGGGGGUGGCCGAGGGACAUGUUUUCAAGAUGGCGGAUAUUUUGCAAGAUCGUUUAUAGUAAAACGUGAAAGAAUCAACAAAAACAAUGCACUCAUAACGCUUUAUGGUCGUUUCAUCCCCUUCACGUUUCGUCCCAAACACGGACGUCACCCGAAAAUUGGUAGGACUAAUUUUCAGGCGGCAGUUUGCAUUAUAGCGCUCGUCUCAUAAGGAAGCAAAAAACUUAAAAAACCUUAGGUUUUGUCCUAUGUGUUGAAGAUUACCACAAACUGACAGAAACACAGUUUUUAAUCCAGUCCCCCUCGACGAACUGACGUCCGCCGGUGUUGACAAAAACAUUGCGAUCUUAAGCUCACUAAUGGCAGUCAUUCUGUCAUUGGUCUAGUUUUCCUCAGACUCAGUUCCAAUUAAAAUAAAGUCAAGUGUCACUGUAAUAGUCACUGACAACAGCAAUAUUAAUAUUGUGAAAUAAAAGCCAAAUAUUUAAGUUACAUUUCAAAGUUUCGGAAUUUAAAUACAAAAAUGUGUAUUAUCCGGGCAUAUACAAUCCACUGAGAUACAAUCUCAAAAAGUAAGAUAUAUUGUAUUAAGGAAGUAGGUUAUAUAAUAGAUAAAACAGUAUCUAGUCUGGGGACGAAAUGUGAAGGGGACGAAACGGCAAGGGGACGAAACGGCAAGGGACGAAACGACCGGAGACGAAACGGCAAACGAUCCUAAACCCAAUCCUAACCUUCGCUAACAUUAAGGUUCCCUAAACUAAAGCGACGUCCGAGUUUAAAUUUUGAACUAUCUUGAGAACCUCGCUCUCAUCCAUCCCUUUUAGCCAUUACCGUAAAGUAUUUUAUGGGUUUCAUGCUACAAACGGCAGGGAGCAUAAAAUGUGCCAGUUCAUUGUGGCAAGUGCAGCUUACCAGGCGUAUAUAGGUCGUCAGUUUACUUCAAACACAAGUUGGAAAAUCGCAUCAACCCACCCUUAAAACAUGCAGGCAUUCGGAAUAAUUUCCACUCCGAGUAAUUAAGUCGGUGUGAUAGGUGGUCAGGCCAAUACUCGGGUGGUCAGGUCAGUACUCGAAAUUGCUACAUGCCUACAUGCCCCAUUUCCCCUUGACCUGAAUCCAAGUAACUGCAAAUGUUUGGUAAACUGCAGACCUGACCUCCCACCCUUUGCACCUAACCAUCCAAACGAGUAAGUUAUAUUAUACUGUAAGACGGUAUUAAACUAUUUGCCACAGAUAUCUUGUCAAGAAUGAGAUGUUGGACGGUACCAGUAUAGUAAGAAAUGUGUGAAGAAUUAACCUUAGGAAUGAAACUAAUGUGCACUACUAAAGCAGCCUCAUAGUCAAUAAUUUAUUUGUUAUUGUUAUUCCAAGGCAUGUUCCGUUACGACGAGAACUCUUCAUGCCACUGGUUCACGAACAUGGCUGUUGAUAAUCUGGCUGAGUUUGAACUCGUUGGAAUCGUAUCCUUGUUUUAAAUAAGGCAAAUAACUGUUUAAAAGGAAAUGAAAAAAACAGCAAUAUACUGGUUAGCCUUUAGCUGGUUAAAUUUUGAGUUGAGAAAGAGUGCUUCAGCUAUAAUAGUCUGACAACCAAAUCCCGCAAGACUCCUGUUUUCUUCUGUAGUUGAUGUAGUAACACUACUCUAGUAGCACUGAACCAAUACAGAAUGUCACAUAUUGGGUGUUUCCGGGCAAAUCAAGUUUAGGACUUAGUUAUUUAGUAUAAAAAAAACUAGUGUAAGAUUUCUAUUCUAACAUUUCACAUGUAGAUUUUCCACAGAAAUUCGAUGGCAAUUUGUAUCCUUAACUUUUCAUUAGUUAAUGGGUUUAGCAGUUUACAAUGGCACAAUAUUAGACAUAAGAUUUCCUCUUUGUUGUUAUAAGAAGUUGUUAAAUCCGGCUGUGGUGCCACCAGAUCGAAAUACCACAGUUGGUGUGACCAAGUUACAUCUCAGCGACUUGAAAGAGGUUAUGCCUGUGAGUAAUUUUGUUUCCUUCAAUACCAAACGUAUUCUUUUUGCGUUGUUUUUAUACACCGCGCCGUCGUGACCCUGACCUGUUGUGUUCAGGCAGCCAUAUCUUUAACCUUUGUUGAAUUUUCUCUUAGGAGCUAGCCAGAGGCUUGCAUGAACUUCUUAACUACGAAGGAAAUGUGGAAGAUGACAUGUGCCAAACAUUUCAGGUAAUUUUGACGACGCUAUUUAUAUAGUGGGCUUUUGUUUACUGUUCUGAACAUAGGUUCUGAACCACCGUAUUCCACCAUAUGCGUGUCUGGGGUCAGAUUUGGCUUCACGAAAAAGAUAAGGAAGAUUUCUGGAUGUUGUGCAUAGUAGGUUUUAGGUGUGUGUUCUAUUAGAUCAGUGGUGUUAGGUUAGGGAUAAUAUAAAUUAAGCACUAGGAUUGCAUUUUCUACGGUUUUUACGGUAAAAAUCCCAAUUCUUCCCAGGUGUCCAGUACCGUGUUUGGUUCGGUUGUCACGGAAAAUUUGAAAGAAAAUGGUCAUGCCAUUCCAGUCACCAACGAAAAUAGAAACGGUAAAAAUAAAGAUGUAUCUUUGAGGAAAUUGAAGAACGAUAAAGUGAUUUCUUAAGCUAAGUGAUAUCUUGUAACUUUUCAGCAUCAACUCACAAGUUCUAACUGUCUUUAUAGAGUACGUUGAUCUGUAUGUGGAUUAUAUUUUAAAUCAAUCAAUAUAUCGUCAAUUUGCGGCAUUUUAUCAUGGCUUUCACAGCGUGUGUGCGUCUAAUGCUUUGAUUGUAAGUACUCAUUACUAUAUUGAAAACAUAAACUGUCCAAACGUUUUCCAAAAAACCCAGUUUUCAAAACUGGGUUUUUUGGAAUUCCAGUCCUUAUACAGUGCGGAAUGUUAACGGCAAAGCAAGUCAGUCUUCUUAUUAGUAAAGCAAUUUGAGAAUAGGUUAAGAUGGGCCGGUGAAAAGAGUUUGACUAUAUACCAAACACCAUGAUCAAGAUUUCUGCACAGGUGAUAACACUGGACCCAUACUGAAGAGAUAGCGGUGUCCCUUAUUGCACGAGACUUUUGAACUGAUACUAGUUAAUUACUAGUGAUGCGAUGUCAGUGCAGUGCAAAUUAAUAAAGUUAGUUAUUGUGAAGGAGAUUAUGUAACUGGCAUUGAAUUAUUUUCCUUCACAUCUUUCUUAUUUCAUCAGAUGCUGCGCCCUGAGGAGGUGGAAAUGUUGGUCUGUGGUAAUCCUGAUUUUGACAUGAAGGCUUUAUCUAAAGUCACAACUUAUGAUGGAUUUUCAAAACGUGACGUAACCAUCAGGUGUUGUAUAACCAUUUUGUUUCAUCAAUGAACUCAUCAGUGUUUUCCCUGGCACUCCAUUCGUAAGACCGAGGGCGCACAGAUUGCUGGAAGGGGGGGGGGGACUGGGACGAUCCACAACUUUCGUACUCAUAACAGACAUUUGUGGCGUGUGGAUUAAACAACUCUUAUAUAGUCUCAGAGAAAACUGGGACCGUCUUUUUGUCAUUUUCCAACGUUGGGGAGUUCAAACCCCAAAAUCCUCCUAAUGCGUAAGACUCGUAAUACUGGACCAAUAUGGACUUUUCCUUACUGGAGAACAGCUGGGAACUGAAAGGACUAUUCAAUACGGUAUAAAAUAAGUUCUUGCAAUAACCCUGGAUCAAAUGAAGGAUUGCCCUUACAGAGUUAGUUUGGUUUAGGCUUCCUCUUGUAGUAACACAAACUGGUAUAGACAUCAAACGAUCCUUAUUCUGCCAUAUUUUCAUUCUUCUAUGUAGAUAUUUCUGGGAAACUGUAGGAAAGUUUUCAAAUUCCAUGAAACGGAAACUGUUACGUUUCUGCACUGGAAGUGAUCGAAUACCUGUGGGUGGUGUGGCUGAAAUGGAAUUCAAGAUAACACGAAUGGCGAACGUUAGCGAUGAAAUGUGAGUAUUGCGUUUUAGUUCAGAGCGCAAAACUGCAUGGCACACACAACGCUUAAACCCAAAACGAGUAUAAUAAACCGAUAACUUAGGAAGAGCAUUUGUUGUUUCCUUUCCUCUUUUUCUCUCUUUUUCUGAUAUUCAUUCUCUUUAGUUACUUUCGUGACAGAUGUAGAAAUAUCACCACCAGAAUUAGGUCUCCAGGUUAGGCCUAAUAAAUGUAUAAAAAUUACAGUCGAAAUUUCCAUCUACAAAAUCGAUCCCUUCAACAAUUAGUUCUAUCGCGUGAGAUGCCCGAAAUCAUGAUAUUUACCCAUAUACACUUUUAAUACAUUAAAGUGCAUAUGACAUGAAAUUUCUUAUUUUUUUAAAUGAAAGAACUCUUUAAGCUGUAGUGUAACUUAUUUUUCAGUUUCUUGUUUUUAUGGUUUGUUCCCGAGAUAUUUCGAUUUGUUUGAUAUGUAAAUGAGUGUGAAUAUGUCCACUAAUUUAUGACGUCAUGUUGGUUGCAAGCUCUUCAAAAUGGUUGAAUAUCACUGCUAUUAUCCAAGAUAAUAAUUUCAAACUUCACUCACUGCUAAAUGUGAUGAACACUGGAGAAAAAUGUGAACUGAUAUCAACAGUUUUUAGAGUUAAUACAUUUAUAACCAGUGUAAGUUAAGCUUGCAACCAACAUGACGUCAUAAAUUAGUGGACAUAUUCACACUCAUUUACAUAUCAAACAAAUCGAAAUAUCUUGGGAACAAACCAUAAAAACAAGAAACUGAAAAAUAAAUUACACUACAACUUAAAGAGUUCUUUCAUUUAAAAAAAUAAGAAAUUUCAUGUCAUAUGCACUUGAACAUCACCUUUGUAUUUAUACAGUGAACUUGUGGUUAGAGCUCGACAACUGCUUGGACUCUGUAGUUCAGUUGGUUAGAGCGCUGCACCGGAAUCGCAGGGCCGCAGGUUCGAUUUCAGCCAGAGGGUCUAUAUAGUUGCAUUUUUCGCACCUGCUCCUGGUUAGGUCUAAGAAAUGUAUAAAAGUUACAUCGAAAUUUCCAUCUACAAAAUCCAGGGAUGCCGGAAGUUGCUGAGGGCAAGGGGUGCAAUUGGUUAACAAGAGGGCAUACUCCUUAAUAAAAGGGCACCAAUGAAAAUGAAAGGGCGUCAUGAUCCUACAUUCGUGUCAACCUCCCUCCCCGUCACCAAUUUUUUUCGGACCGAAUACAAUUAUUUAGGCACAAUUCCGCCGUAAUUUCUCGCCAAAAAUUCCAUAAGUAAUGCUUUCCGUUUCACCUUUCGCCAAAUGGAUAACAAUUUUGCCGAAUUCCUGACGACUGGGGGGUGGAACACCCCCACACACAUCCUCGAACGACGUUUAAUUCUGUCUGUUGUAAAAGUUUUGUGCACCCGUUACACCCAUAGUCUGCACCCACAAAGUUGAAAAUGCAAAAGGCAAGGGGUGCACUUGCACCCGCUGCACCCGUGGUUCCGGCAUCCCUGACAAGAUCCCCCCUGGCUCUCUCUUUAUUCAACCCUGUUCUUAGCUGUAUUCUUUCUCUCUGUUUUCAACAACUUUCACAUAUUCUGCAAGCAUGAGUGAGUUUCAUUGACGAGUUCACCCAUGGUGUAAACAAUCCUGCAACCUAUUAGACUGCGUAGAAGCCUGGCGUAUAGCAACCUAGCUAUUUAUGUCAAUGAUUUAUUUAGGUUACCAAUGGCACACACAUGCUUCAAUCAACUCUGUCUCCCACCCUACAAGACAAGACAACAAUUGAAGACAAAACUAACUAUUGCAAUUUCAAAUUCCGAAGGAUUUGGCAUUGAAUAGGUUCAAAGUUUUCUGGAUCUUUAUUUAGUACAAGUCUUUGAUUUGAUUUGAUGGUUCAGGGCGUUUGCAUGAAAAUAUUAGUAUAAUUUUUUAAUCAGUUUUUUUGAAGCUGACAAGUGUGCAUGAACAAUUGCAACAACGGCAACCAUUAGUUAGUUUGUUAAUUUUAACACUUAAUUGCAAAAAUUACCAGACUAUAAAGUAUUGUUGAAAUAUUAAUGAAAUUUAAUCAAAUUUAGUUUACAUAGUAAAUUGCAAUGUAAUAUAG